AUUUAAGAUUUGAAUUGAAUUUGUUUUCUUGCUGAGCUUAGAUGUUCGAAUGAUCAUCUAUUUACAAUAAAAGUAAUCGACUAUGAUCUUUGAUUUUGUUGCUGAAUUAAUAUAAGGGUUGGCGCUUGAGGUUCAACAGAGUAGGAGUACCUAGUAGAAGUAAGAGCUCUGAGACAUGUUCAAGAUUCCGUUGCUCUCGUUGCGUACGGCCUGCGGUCCUUUGCUCGUGGGUAGUGCCGUCGCCUUGCGUGCAUGCCUUUCUACGCCCUCUGGUCGCACCGACGUUGAGAAGGACCAUCAUGUUGCAAAGCUUGCCGGACAAGAAGAUGAGAGGAAGGAUUAUAGUGCUAGGACUGCAACAACAACCACCUACACGACCUCCUCUGGAGGCGGUCUCCUGCUUGGUCAUGAACGAGUAGACGGUGAAAAGGGCUUCUACACUAGUGAUGCCCAAGAGCAGUCACGAGGAUCAACAUUGGGUAGGACGGCUUCAAUCGGAUCGAUGCCAACAGCAUCGUCAUCUGCGUCUCUUUCCUCGAUGGAUCCACACAGUCCGGAUCAUGCACCUUCGCGCGACCCCAAAGGAAAGCCUG